AGGGCGCAAGGCUGGGUUUGUUGUGUUGUUUUUCGACAGAAAUUAAGCCAGAAACGAAAUCUCAUUGAAAUUACAAACUCACUCUUGUACUAUUACUGGUAGUACUAGUACCUAAGAUCUAUGGUAGGUUACAAGAUGAAGAUUUAGUUAAACAUCCGUUGUACCAAUACUAUUAGUUUAAAAUUUCGUCAACAUAGUUGUACAUCAACAUUCCUGGAGUAGCUUCAAAGGGUGAAAGGAACAAGUGUUUGCAAAGCAUCUAGAGAGUUUUCCUCAUGGCUGUCUCCUGUUAUUGCUCUCAGUCCACAUCAAGAGAGAAUUUACCAGAUCUGAAAAUUGAUUCUGCUCUUCAUGAGCUUGGGAUGUUAAGUAGUGUUACUGAGAGCCGGAAAGAAUACCUCCAAGAAAAACAAGUUAAGGCCAAAAACUCUUGUUCCUAUCAGCCAGAGCUGUGUAUACUACAUGUGAAUUCCAAAUACGUGACCAAUUUCUCGUUCUGCAAACAGCCUUCAUCUCUUCACCGUGGAUCUCUAGAUGACCCAGCCAAUGUAUUUUCUGCUCAAGAUGAUAAUGGAAUAACAUUGCAUGUUAACCUUCACAACAAUAAGCACAAUAUUGUACGUUCAACUACCUCUGCAGGUGCUUUCCGUGGGCCACUUAAGAUGAAAAUGAUGAGGCUACGACAUCAUCGUUUUUAUAGGCCUUAUGACUUCCCUUGGCGACCAGCUCUAGAGGCUUCACUUAGACGGUGCUGGACAGAAGAUACCUCUAUAUCUACAAACACAACCUUAGACCCUAGACAAGAGAGUGCUAACAAGUCAAAUCCUGGAAGUCCCGUGAAAAGUAAUUCCAGUGAUGGUGCCACAAUCCCCCGCUCUCGAUCUCUAGAUGACUUACAGAAAGAUGAGACUUCUAAAAACUGUAAUAGUUUGACAAGGAAGACAGAAAUUGAUUCUGUGUCUCAUCAAAUUAGUAAACUGCAUGUCGGUUAAACUCAAAAAACAAUUAGAAAUGGUAAACAUUUUCUAUUUUUCUUCUUUAUGAUUAUUUUCAAAACAAAAAGAACAUUCUAAUUUAUUUUUACUGAUGUUAUAUUGGCCUAUAUACAUUAUGUGAUUUACAAUAUGUUUGUAUGACAAUUUGUAUGUUUAUCUGAGUAUAUAAUUACCAUUCUGAUUUGACACCCCAAUAAAGAUACUCUUCCAUCGAC